AUCUACUCGCUACAAAAAAAAAAAAGAUAAGAACGGUGAGUAUAAAAUCCACGGAAUAUCGGCCGGUCAGACCAGCCUGGUUUAAAUGAGCUGUAGACAAGCAUGACAGUUAAGGAGCCAACGUAUCUUCAAAUUGCCAGUCAAAAACGAGCUGAGCGUGAUCAAAAUUUCAAGAAGGAAUGGUUAAUUCCAAAGUCUGAACUACCGGAUUUGACUGACGUGAGCGAUUGGAUUACGAGUUCGGGGUACCUUUCGGCGAAAGAAAUUGAAAUCACUGAAUCUAAUGCUGGUGAAAUCGUGGAGAACAUUUCUAACCAGGUUUGGUCAAGUUUCGAAGUGACCCUGGCAUUUUGUCAUCGAGCAUCGAUUGUUCAUCAGCUUACCAAUUGUCUUUCUGAGGUAUUUUUUGAUGAAGGAUUAAAGCAGGCAAUGGAGUUGGAUGAAUAUCAAAAAGCCACCGGGAAGACUCUUGGGCCUUUGCAUGGCUUGCCAAUCUCUAUAAAGGAUAAUUUCAAUAUAAAGGGACAAGCAUCAACGGUUGGAAUUGUUAAUUUUUCAUUCAAUCCAAAGAAAAAAUUUGAAGAAGAUGCCGUUUUGGUUAAAAUGUUAAGAGAAUUAGGAGGGGUAUUCUACGUGAAGACCAACGUUCCAGUAGCAAUGAUGAUGCCCGAAACCACUAAUCAUAUUUAUGGCAAUACCACCAAUCCUUUAAACCGUAAUUUAAGUGCUGGAGGAUCAUCAGGAGGGGAAGUUGCUUUGCUAGCAUGCAAAGGAUCACCAACGGGGGUAGGUACUGAUAUUGGAGGAAGUCUCAGAAUACCUGCCUCGUUUACCAAUGUUUAUACGUUGAAGCCGACAUUUGGUAGAUUCCCAACUUACGGAGCCCGGUCAGGAUUGCCUGGCUUAGAGAGCGUCAACAGUGUCAACGGGCCGUUAUGUCCUUCAUUGGAGACGAUGGAGUUUUACUGUAAGCACUUGAUUGGACACGAGCCGUGGUUGUAUGAUGCUAAGGUGAACGAAAUCCCAUGGAGGAAAGUUGAAUUGGACUCAAAGUUGAACAUAGCUAUUUUAGAAGACGACAAAGUAGUCAGACCUACGCCCCCAAUCUUACGCGGAGUUAAUAUCGUGAAAGAAGGUUUGCUCAAGGCCGGUCAUGAAGUAAUUGAAUGGGAGCCAACCGAUCAUUUAGAGUUGUCCAAGAUCAUUACUUCAUUUUUCACUAGUGACGGUGGUAUCCAUGUUAAAAGGGAAACAGAAACCACCGGGGAGCCGUUUUUCCCGUACAUGAGAAUGUACGGUACCACUCCCGAGAUGAAAGUAAGUGAGUUGUGGGCACUACAAGCAAGAAGAACCAGCUUAAUCAAGGACUAUUUAGAACGGUGGAAUGCAACCAAGUUGAAAACCAAGAAUGGUAAACCAAUCGAUGCUAUUAUAAUGCCGGCCACCCCGUUCGCCGGGAGUCCUAACAGUAAAUUCCACGAUUAUGUGGGAUACACCUCGCCAUUCAACUUGUUAGACUACACCGUCGGUGUUUUCCCGGUUACAAGAGCUGACCAGGACAUUGACUUGAAAGAAGCCCGUGGCCUGUUCUACGGGGAAACCGAUGAGAAGAUCUGGGGCGAUUACAACCCACAAGAGACCCAUGGCGGUGCUGUUUCACUACAGUUAAUCGGACGCAAGUACCAGGAAGAAAAAGUCAUUGAAAUGAUGAAACUAGUGAGAGAUCUCAUCAGCUAGGCAAUUGUUGCAAAAAAAAUCCCUUUAACAUCGGAUAUGUCAUUGCAACCACCGAAAAGUUCGUACUUUUUUUUUGCCUUUUUUGCCUUUUCGCAAAUAGAAAAAAAAUCUUCGUAAUUGAAGAGUUUUUAUCGGCG